CGACAGGGAGGCAGUGACAGCAAGGCAGCUUCAUCUCAGGCGACACUCAGAUGUCCAUCGAGGUUGUUCAGUACUCAGGCGCACUCAGGUGAUCACUCAGACGAACAAGGAAGCAACAAUUACUGCUCUGCUCAAUUCUCAGGCGGAGGCGACAACUCAAGUGACCUCUCCGACAAUGAACAACAGCUAAAGGAAACGACAACUCAAGCGACCGCUCUAGAUCGUUAA